AAGUCCAACCGGAAGUCGGUGUCGCUCCAUGUUUACGGAAGAGAGGUCACCGAAGCUCACCCAUGGAUUCAACCUGCUCUGCGCCUCGGUUAUUAAAUUAACACAUUUAACUACUUUAUUUUAUCUUUCGUCUUAGCCUCGUGUUGUAGAUAGGCGCAUUUUUCAUAAUGUGGGACCAUGAAAUCAGAGCCAUGGCGUCCACUCACGCCAUCAUCGCCGCCUCGGUGUUCAUGGCGACCGUCCUACCUGCGGUGCUGGUGCCGGGCUUCUCGGUGUACGGCACCCACCUGCUGUGGCUCUACUCGGUGUCCGCAGCGGUCACCGCGGUCAGUGUCGCCGUCUUCUGGCUGCUUGGCAUCACGCCGCCCACCAAGAAGCACACACUGGGCUACAAGCUGUCCAGGUUGGUUCGCUCCUGUCUGUACUUCUUCCUGUCAUGCCUGUUCUUCCACACUGUGGUGGUUCUCUACGGAGCUCCGCUGAUUGAAUCUGCUUUGGAGACGUUCUCCCUGGCCGUGCUGCUGACCUCUCUGACCACACUGAGGUGUCUCUGUGUCCUCGGCCCCAACGUCCAGGCCUGGAUACGAGUGUUCAGUCGGCAUGGAGCCAUGUCUGUGUGGGACACCUGUCUGCAGAUCACGGUGGCCUGCACGGUGGUGGGAGCCUGGGUUGGAGCCUUUCCUAUACCUCUGGACUGGGACAGGCCGUGGCAGGUUUGGCCUGUUUCCUGCAGCCUGGGUGCUAUGAUUGGUUACCUGACCGGGCUUGUUGCUGCUCCUGCGUGGAUCCAUUAUCAUCGGAAACAGCUCAUAUACAAGUGCAAGUGAUGGACAGACACGUGUGUGUGUGUGCGCGCGUGUGAAUGCAGCCAUGAGGCUAUUUCUUGUAUUCCUUUAACUUCAUACUGAUUAUUUAUUGGGAAGAUUUGGCUCCGUUUGUUGCCUGUAGGGAAGAUGAUUUUUGUAAUAACAAUUACUUUUUGAGCAGCAUUAUUUUGUACGCACGGAGGCAGAAUAUGUUUGAGAAGGUUUUUGACAUGAAUAAACAUUUCCUCUUUGACAGUCUGCA